CAUCACUAAAUGAUAUCUAUUGGUCAGUUCAACUGUCGCGAUUUAUCAGUCAUAACUGCAUGUGAGGCGCAGAUCUCGGCUUUUUUGAAAAUGUUGUUCUACUCAUUUUUUAAGUCCUUAGUUGGGAAGGAUGUGGUGGUGGAACUAAAGAAUGAUUUAAGUAUCUGUGGCACUCUUCACUCAGUUGACCAGUAUCUGAACAUCAAACUAACAGACAUUAGUGUUACUGACCCAGAAAAGUACCCACACAUGCUGUCCGUGAAGAACUGCUUCAUUCGAGGAUCAGUAGUACGGUAUGUUCAGCUUCCUGCUGAUGAGGUGGAUACCCAGUUACUUCAAGAUGCAGCACGAAAGGAGGCUGUGCAGCAAAAGCAGUAGAUUUCUGUUUUUUUUUUCUUUUGGAUUAGAAAUACAUUAUUUCUUGAAUAGCAUAAUCAAUUUUUGUAUGUUUAAUUGAUUUGUACUAUUCUCCUCACCUCCCAACUCCCACAAGUAUUAAAAAGAAAAAUCCAAUUGAAAUGUUUGUGUUUAUAAUGUUAGAUUGCAAUACUUUUUAUUUUUAAUCCCAGCAUUGUAUUCUGUUGUUAAGUAAAUUCAGUUUGAUUUUGAAAUAAAAUACAGAUAAAGAGGAGAGCUGUUAGUCCCAGCAUUGUAUUCUGUUGUUGUUAAGUAAAUUCAGUUUGAUUUUGAAAUAAAAUACAGAUAAAGAGGAGAGCUGUUAAUCCCAUCAUUGUAUUCUGUUGUUGUUAAGUAAAUUCAGUUUGAUUUCUGAAAUAAAAUACAGAUAAAGAGGAGAGCUGUUAGUCCCAGCAUUGUAUUCUGUUGUUGUUAAGUAAAUUCAGUUUGAUUUUGAAAUAAAAUACAGAUAAAGAGGAGAGCUGUUAAUCCCAUCAUUGUAUUCUGUUGUUGUUAAGUAAAUUCAGUUUAAUUUCUGAAAUAAAAUACAGAUAAAGAGGAGAGCUGUUACAUUGAUAUGUUUUUUAGUUCUGUAUUUUUCCCCAUCAGUUAUGCAUUUAUCAAAAGAAAGUAGUGGCUAAAGCAAGUGUGUGAUGCUUGUAUAAAAAAUGAUUAAAAACAAUGCAAAUUUGA